GUGCAAUGUUUAAUGAAUGUACCUUUUAACUAAAAGCUUUUAUAAUAGUGUAAUUUCGUAUUUAUGGAGGAAGAAUAGUUUGAACUCGUGGACAGCAUGAACAUGGACAACUUUAGACGUCUAAAACAUGAACUGGAUUCUUUGUGGCAGUCAGAUGAGGGUCUCCACACUCAGAUGAAUUCUGUGAUUGGUGCUCUCCAGGAGCUCAAACUCUUGCAGGUCCAGACUGCGCUGGAAGAACUUGAGUUAUCCAGUAAAACCAACCUGGCGUCUUCUCCAUACACUAAUAACUGCAGCAGUGCUCCAGACACCCCGAUGCUUGAUCAGAACAACCAAAGAGGAUCCCAUCUGAACCCAACACGGAAUCCAGAGAGAGAAAAUCUUUCACAAGAAUGCUUCAAGACUGAGCUUGGUAUGGAGCCAUUUUUGUUCCUGACUAGUUCUCCAUUAGAGGACCACUUUAAACUCCGACAGGAACCCUUGAUGAUCAAGCACUGGGGAAGUCUAAGCACUUCCUCCUCUUUCUCCAGCUCUCAGGAAAACACAAUCAAAAGCCAUUUCUCUCAAUAUGAUAACGACGACUCCAGUGACUGGACAGCAUUGUUGAUGAAUCAGAGUAGAAACAGACAGCCAUUGGUGUUGGGUGAUAAUGCAUUCGCUGAUUUGGUGGGGAACUGGCUGGAUCUGCCGGAUGUUGGAUAUCAGACAGCAGGUGAAGAGGAGAGUGACUCAAGCUUGAAAGACACAUUUAUUCAGUCAUCACCUACUAGUCACCAUCAGGAGCUUUCCAGUAGACUGUCCCUAACUGCAAACAUCUUCAAAAGGGUUCUACGUCGUGUUCGAACAAGCAGAGAUAAACCCUUGCAGGAUUGCCCUGUACGGAUCCAUCAAGAGAGUGAGGGGAUAGAGAUCUUUAAAAAACCAAAGAUUACAUGCAGGAAGCCAAAAGGGGAUGCCAGCAAGCCAUUCUGGGGGGGAACAAGAGGACUGAGAAAGAAAACCAAAACCUCCCAGCAAGAGGGCUGGGCAUGAUUGCAAAGAAGCACAAGCCUGUGUUUGCUUACAGCUCAGCUGUGUUAGUCUAAGACUGAUACUAUUCUAUAUAGACAAAACUGCGAGAUAUAUUGUUAGUGACCUAUAAAGGAAUAGUUCACCCAACAAUGAAAAUUCCAUUAUUUACUCAUCCUCAUGUUGUUCUAAACCCAUAUGACUUUCUUCUGUGGAACACAAAAGUUGUUAAAGGAUGUUCCGUAGGCUGAUUUCAAUACAAUGGUAGUUGAUAGUGACUCAAUUUAAAACUUAAAAACACCCUAAGAUUUCUUAAAAGUGCAUCAUAUUCCAAGUAUUCCGAAGGCAUACGAUCACUUUGUAUGAUGAACAAACCAAAAUGUAAGUCAUUAUUCACUCUCAAAUCAAAUCAUUGAUCAACUAUGGCAACACACCUAUAACAUCAAAUCUCACAAGAACCAAUGAGGUUUGAUGUUAUUAAAGUGUCGCCAUAUUUGUGCUAUUUUGACAGGGGUUGGAGUGACUGGAGGGUGUAAUGAGGGUAUAUAAUGGGUUCCCAUAAAUAAUGACAGAAUUUUCAAUUUUGGGUGAACCAUACUUUUAAAGACAUAACUUAUGUACUUAUGAUCCAAGUUACAAUUGUAAAAACAAUUGUCAAAUGAAUUCCAUAAUUCUUAUGGUUUCUUUGCAUUUCAAGAAAAAAAGAAAAGAAAAAGCGUAUUUGCAAACAACUUAUGGUGGACUCGGACGUAAGAUUGUCAAAAUAGAAAAUUCUGAAUACAGUCAGCUUGUUUGCAUUGACGAAUAUAUAAAAAUAUUCUGAGUUUCCCUUGAGAAUGUAACAUGCGUCUCUUUAGGUUUAAGUUAAGGAUGAUGCCUAACUGUCAAUUACUGGACUUAAAAAUCCUGGUUGGUUCCAUUUUUUACAAACCUCAUAAACCUUCAAAAAAGCUUUUAAAACAUAAGCUUUUUUCUGUUGCACAGAAAAACUAUGCAAUAAUGCAGAACAACUAUCCACAAAUAUUAUAUGAAAACUGAAUAAAUGUAAAUACCAGUGUAUUUAAUCAGCAUAUUCAUGUUAUCUGGAGUGGUGGUGGUGGUGGUCUAAACCACAAAACUGGUAAUCAGAAGAUCGCUGGUUCGGUCCCCACAGCCACCACCAUUGUGUCCUUGAGCAAGGCACUUAACUCCAGGUUGCUCUGGGGGAUUGUCCCUGUAAUAAGUCGCUUUGGAUAAAAGUGAUUACAGUUUCACGUCUUCUCCGAUUCAAUAAAUAGAUAAUGUAAUGUGGGAUAAACUUAAACUAAAUAAUUUGACACAAGACAUGUAUUACAACUUUAUAACUGCAGAUUUGUAAGAGUUCCUGGAUAAGAGUAAUGUGAAGUAAACACUUAAAGGUGCCCUCAGUAAUUUUUUCCUCAUUAAAAAAGUUUAACUUCUAAAAAGACAUUAAUUGUAAUUUUGCAAUAUAUGUAGAAAAUCAUGACCACUCACAUUAAGAUUAAGACCAUUCAUAUCAGUAAGCUUAUAAAAGUGUUUUUAUUCUACAUGGAGAGGGUCCGCACAUGCCAUUUUAGAAUCACAUGACAAGCCGAACACUACCUGCUUAAUCUCAGUAACCACCCUGUUCUUUGACACUUUCACUCAUUAAAAUCUUACAUUUCUACAAUGGCAUCUGGAACUGAAAACUAUUGACUUAAAAUGAUGCUGCAUCCAAGCCACUGUCAGUGUGACAGUGAGACUAAAUGAUGAUUUAGACAAGCCAAGAUGACACAAAGACUAAAGUUACUGAGAGUACUUUUAAAAAGGGGGCCUGCAAAUUUCCAAAAAAGUCAAAAGCAUCAGCUUUUGUCAAGCCUAAUAACUCCUUGCAUUACUCAUUAUGACCUUUGGACUCAGAAACACUACUUCUCAACAUGAUAUGCUGCAUUGGGAGAUAAAAGAAUGAAUUGCUUCUGUUAAAGCAUUCUGCAUUUGUCAGUCACGCUGAAUGCUAAAUAAAUUAAUGAAAAUAUAAAUAGAAGAAUUAUUUAAAUGACACAUGCUGUAUUUUUAUCUAUAUAACGU